CCUCAUGCAAACCACACCCUAAAUUAAAACUUCACACUUGCAAGUUUGCUGCUUAAGUACCGUACAUUAGUAUAAGUUUAUAUAUCCGAAAAACUACAAUCAUUACUCAAAAGUGUCGUCAAAGCCUAGAAAAAAAAAAACGGCGUUUUCGUCAAUUUGUACAUAAUAUAUUGAUUACAAAGGCGUUACGUGAAGCUGAAAAUAUAUAAAUAAAUAAAAUAAGCGGACUCCGGAAGCCAUUGAAAUCCGGUUUACGCUGCGCCUUCAGGAACCGAAACCCUAUGCACGCACGCACAUGUAUCCACCCUCCAUUGAAAUCCCCAUUCAUAUUCCCAACUCCACCUCCUCUCUCUCUCUGUCUAUUAUCGAGUCUUGCUUCCACCAUUGGUCUCUCUCGCUCUCCUACAUUUUCGAUUCUCGUUUUGUGCUACGCCGCAGUGGACAGUUUUGAAGGUCAAGGAAAAUUGCAGGGUUUCGAUUCUAACUGUAGGGCAUAUAUCCAUCCCUCUCUCUCUCUCUAUCAUUCUGAGAGGCCAGAGAAGGUCAUGGAAAAUUGCAGGCCCUCUCGGUUUUCAGUUCAACUCUAGGCCUGCAUAUUUUUCUCUCUCUCUCUCUCUCUCUCUCUCUUUCUCUCUUUCAUUCAUUCAAUCUAUUCUAUACGGAGAAGACGAAAGCCCUUUGGAAGGUCGCCCUGCUCUUUGAUGCCCUAGCUUUUGCUCCCUUCUCCUUCGGCAUAAUUACAAACCCUAGGAGCUGUUGAUUUCGUUCCAACGUGUGUCUGUGGUAGUGGGCAUUGGUGCAGAUGCCCUUUGCUGCACAUGCCUCCAGAACCUUCUCCUUGGGAUCGGAAGGAAUACUUGAGGGAGAAGAGGACCGAUGCCACCACCACCUCCUUUAAUAGUCGUAUAUUUGCCCAGGCCCUCCGCCCUCCUGGUCAAAACAAGCAAGGUGUCCACCGCAAUCAGUUCUCCCCCCAAGAAUCUCAUCAUGGUUGCUCAUCAAGAACGGCCACUGAUUUCAUGCCUCAUCCAGAGGAUGAGAGGCUUUGCAUUUCUAGGGCAGCAGAGGCAAAACACAGGAGUAAUAGCAAUAAUACUAAUAGCAAGACGAAUGACGAUAGGUCUAUGCAACAACAUAGGGAUUUCAAGUGGGAAGGGUUCCCGGAGAUUAGGCCUGAUCUGAGGCCUGUUGCUGACAUGCUAACUCACCAACCAUCAUCUGAAAUUGGGAGCUCGUUGGAGAAGACCCACAAUCAGUCUAACUCUAAAGAUCAGGAGAAUGCCAGCAAGGGGAGCAUUGGUUUAUUGAUUGGCCACAAGACAUUGGAUAACAAUAACACCAGGAGAUAUUCAGAGAAGGCGGCCUUAGAGCCCCACCUUGAGCGGCUCGGGAGCUUUGGUAGUGACAGUCACUCACAGGAGCAUGACCAUUCACUGAGCUCGAUCGGUUGGAAACCUCUGAAAUGGACGCGUUCAGGAAGCUUAACUUCUCGGAGCCCAUCUAUACUUAGCCACCAUUCAAAUAGUUCCAAGUGUAUAAAAUUAGAGACGGACAUGGGGGUUGAGAAUCUCUCUCGAGGGAAAUCCUCUCCACCUCUUCAGUCGCCUUCGGGGAUUGUUGGCACGGCUUCUUCGUCCUCUGCACCAUUGGAAGAGACUUGCCCUAGCAAGAAGAAACCACGGCUUGGUUGGGGUGAGGGCCUGGCAAAGUAUGAGAAAGAGAAGGUUGAGGGUCCAGAUGAUAGUAUUGGCAACAAGAAUGACUCAACAAAUAAACAAGGGAUGGUUGUUGUUAACACAUCUGUGUUGAACUUGCAAGAUAGCAGUCCUAGACUGGUGGAUAGAUCCGGGUGUGCUUCUCCUGCAACUCCAUCAUCUUCUGUUGCCUACAGUUCCUCCCCAGGUUUGGAGGACAAAUCCUUUGUGAAAUUCUCUGGUACUGAGACCGGCCAUUUUAAUGAAUCGCCGGCUCAUGAAUAUCUAGGCGUUGUUGAUGGAUCCCCUGCGAAACUAGAGCAUUUGGAGCUUAAUCCAAUCUCUGAUGUGAACUCUCUUGCACUUGACUUGCUGCAAACUGAGGAAUUGUGCUUUGGUGAUUCUCACUUCACCAGGACUACUGCCAUAAAUAGGAUGCUUCUGUUGAAAAAUGACAUUCUGAAGGCAUUGGAGAAGACGGAGAGCGAGAUCGAUGUGUGUGAAAAUGAAUUAAGGUCAUUGAAUACAGAGAUUGAUUCUGGGCAACUGUGUUCUAUUGCUUUUGAUUGUGUUCCAGAAUCAAGGAAAGAAGAAUAUAAUGCUGCAUUGGAGAUGAUGUCUGACUCUAUGCCUAAUUUGAAUGUUUCUGCUGAGGUUCCAGGUGUAGUUGAGGUGACCAGGCAUGAGGACGAAGAGGUCCACCUUCCAAGCGAGACUGUCGCUGAUGAUGAGUUGGAUUUUUCCAUAUCAAAAAAUUGUGGACUUCCCUGUACUGACAGAGAAUUGUUGGGAUCUGAUGCAUCAGAAUUGCAACCUGAAGGUUGUGUUGUUGAUUUAGAGGAGCCUGUGGGGUUACCAAGUCCAAAGGGGAUUGCUUCUGAGUCAUCUGCUGUAGAUAUGGUUGGACACGUUGUGAACACUAGUUGUGAUGUCAAGUUGCAUUGUGGAGAUGACAAUAUUUUUAAUGCUUUGAUAUUCUCUUCUAACAAAGAUUUAGCAAGAAAAGCUACGGAAGACUUAGCCAAAGCACUGCCUAGUGGUCCCUUACCAUGUGAUAUUCCUUUAGUCAGAAAGUCCUUGGAGAUUGACAGUAGCAUGUCAAGUAGAAGGGAUUUGAAGCAAAUAGAGGAAAGGCUGGCCAGGCGAAAGAGGUUUUUGAGUUUUAAGGAACGGAUUCUGACACUCAAAUUUCGGUCUCUACGCCAUCUGUGGAAAGAGGAUAUGCGACUGCUGUCUGUUAGAAAGCAUCGGGCAAAACCACAAAAACGCUUUGAAUUGAGUUGCCGUUCGUCACAAAGUGGGCUUCAAAAGCACCGGUCAUCAAUUCGAUCACGAUUUACAUCACCUGCAGGUAAUUUGACCCUGGUUCCAACAUCGGAGGUGGUAGAUUUUACAAGCAGGCUCUUGUCUGAUUUUCUGAUAAAGAAGUACAGGAACAAUCUGAAGAUGCCGGCACUGUUUAUGGAUGAGAAAGAGAAGCGAUACUCCAGAUUUGUUUCUUGGAAUGGGUUGGUUGAAGAUCCCAUAGCAGUGGAGAAGGAAAGGGCCACAAUAAACCCAUGGACUGCGAAGGAGAAGGAAGUUUUUAUGGAGAUGCUGGCCAUGUUUGGAAAGGAUUUCUCCAAGAUUGCUUCCUUCUUGGAACACAAGACAACGGCAGAUUGUGUUGAGUUCUAUUAUAAGAACCAGAAGUCUGAAAGUUUUGAGAAGAUAAAGAAGAGGUUGGAGCUGAAGAAGCAAGAUAGGAGCUUCUUAACCAAUACCUAUCUUGUAACAUCGGGGAAGAAGUGGCAUAAUGAGGCAAAUGCAGCUUCUCUAGACGUAUUGGGGGCAGCUUCAAUUGUAGCAGCUUGUGCUGAUGACGGCAAGAACACAAGCAGCAGCAGUAGGCACAAACAUUUGGGGAGAUCAAUUAUGGGCAGCUAUUACAGCUCCUCUAAAAUACUCAGGCCAGAUGACAAGUUGUUAGAAAGGAGUGGCGAUGUGGGGGCUGUGAGCAAAAAUGAAAGGGAAUCGCCUGCCACAGAUUUAUUGGCUGGGAUCUGUUGUGCUCUAUCCUCAGAGGCCAUGAGGUCUUGCAUCACCAAUUCAGUCACCCCUGGUGGUCAUGAGAGGAGAUUUCCUCUUAGAACAGCAGAACGGCCUCUAACACCUGUUACUACUACUGCUGAUCUCAUAGUGCAGAACAGCAUUGAGGAGGAGGUGGAAGACACUUGCUCUGAGGAUAGCUGCAUUGAACUUGACUGGACGGAUGAGGAGAAGGCGGUCUUCGUGACGGCCGUGAGAACUUAUGGAAAGGAUUUCACGAGUGUCUCGCACUGUGUGGGUUCAAGAUCAAGAGAUCAGUGCCGCAUCUUCUUCAGCAAAGCUCGGAAGUGCCUUGGUCUUGAUGUGAUUUGCCCAGUGGGCUUGGGGAAUGAAGGAAGUGAUGCUGAUGAAGAGGAGGAAGAGGGGCACAGCAGUGACACAGAUGGUGUCACCACCUGUGCUGUCGAGAUGGACUCAGCUCUUGGCAGUGCUCGUUCAUGUUCCAAGAUGGACAUGGAUAUGGACUUGGAACCCACCCUUCCUCGGCUCAAGACUUUGUAUGAGGCCACAUCAGUGAGUGAGAUGGGUCAAUCUGAGCAUGAUGCCGAAGAAGUGGUGGAAAAGCAGAAUACUGUGCUGGAUAAAUCUCAGGUUGAGUCAGUAUUUGCAGAUCAGGAUGAAGGGUUGGUUAUCAAGGGAGAUGAAGAACAAUUGAAUGUGAGUCUUGCAAAUGAACAGAAGAAUGAGGAAGUGGGUUUUUCUCAUUCUGCUCCACAGCAACACUCUGAAGAUGAAGAUCUUGGCGGCCGAUCUGUUGAUGAUGAGGCUGAAUGGAGAGAAACUGAUCACGAGGAGGAAGCGUGUGAUUCAGAUGCACAGCUGGGUGCUGGUGUUGGUUACAAAGAAUCCAGCUGCAUGAUGAGCUCCCCAUCUGGAUCUAAUGGAGGCGUCGACCUAAAGCAGAAAAUUGACUUUGAUGGAUGCAAGCCUUCUGGCCUUAAGACCGAUGACUCGCCUCUGCGACAGAGUAGUCCAUCAAUGAGUUAUAUGGUAUCUGCCAUGCCUCCUGUGGAACAACCAGUGGGGGAUAUGAAGAAAUGUGUUUCAAGUUGCGGUGAUGUUGCAGACAUGCAAACCUGCAGCGGUAGUAUCUCUGGCUGGCAUUGCUCUAAUGUCUUACACGACACAGAAACCACUGCUCCUUUUGGUUCUGGUCCAGUCUCCGGACACCAUGUUUUGGAUGAUGGGAUCUUCAAGGUGGGAGUGACAUCUCUUCCUCAUCUAAAACAGCCCAAGACUCAGAUCAUCUCGUGGCAGCAGGAGAAUUUUUCUCUAUCUGGGUUUAGUGGUGGUAAUGCGAUUUCGGUGGCGAAGGACCACAAUCGUGCACCUACUCAAAAUAGUAACUGUCAGGGGCUGCCCGCUACUAGUGGGAAUGGGGCUGGAAGCAAGCAGCAGCACCGUCAGCAGCAGGAUGCAUCAGACAGGGUUCAGCAGCAGCCAGUAGUUGCAGGUAUGGGGUCUCUGGAUUUUUACAAGCAGCACCAACAACGCUCCCCUUCCUAUCAUCAGCAGCUUGAUUCUCCAUCAAUGCACAUGAUCCUCAGAGGCCAUCCUCUGCUGCAGGUCACUAGCAAUGGCGACAUUGCUUCUUCUAUGGUGGCCCUAGAUAGCAAGAAGCCAAAGCAGUUGAUCCUACGCUGUGACCAACCAUCGCUGCAAUCAGUGAGGAAGGAGAAUGGCUCGUCGAUCUCAUUGUCAUUCACCGAUAGGACUGUGACUCAACUUCCCAAUCCCCAACAGCAGCAGCAAUAUCACAAGAGGCAAAGCAAUGGCAGCAGCAGUGACACAUUGUUCUUGCGUCCAAAUCGUGAGGUGCCUUCUUGCGGGUCACAACACUUGUUGACAUGCCCUCCCAAAGUGGCAGGCAAGCAAGCACAUUCUUCCGGCGAGUCUGGAGAAGAUUUGGUUCGGAGUGGAGAUUUGAAACUCUUUGGAAAGAAUAUACUUGUCCCCUCACAACAGUCAUCAUCUCCCGAGAGUGCGGGCUCAAAAUCAGCGGAAUCUCUUGUUCCUCGCGCUCAUGAAAAUGGGAUUGGGCUGUCUCAUUUUAAUAGUAGCACAAAGCACAACAGCAGUUGUGGUUUCUCCGGCAUGGUUGAGUCAUCAUCAUCGAGGUUGGGGGGUGCCAAGGUGCCACCACCAUCGCCUCCUGAAUCAGGCAUCAGCAUGCUCUCCUCGAAGUACCUGGUGGCUCUGGAUGACCAGCAGCAACCGCCCAUUUUUACAUCAGCAAUGGUUGUCAAUAGGAAUGAUUCGUCAGGUAGGGGUGGUGGGCUUGUAUCCAAAAAAGAGUUGAAUGCAGCUGCUGAGUUUCACCAUCAAUUGUAUAAGGGGGGCUAUGACUCGGUGGCCAUGCAACCCUUUACUAUUUUGUCGGAGCUACAAAAACGAAGCAGCGGUGUGUUUCAGGGCUCUAUGGCUAAUAAGAAGAGGGGGAUGAGCAUGAACAUGAAUGUGGGUCAAGGUUUGGUAGGUGGAGUUGGGGACAACACUGUAGUGUCAGAUCCGGUCGCAGCCAUGAAGAUGCACUUUGCUGACCAAUUUGUUGGUGUUCAGGCGGGUUUUAUUGGUAGGGAAGAGGAAGUGUGGAGAGGAGACAAGACCAGUUCGAGGAGACUUCAAGUUUCGGCUACAGGAAGGACUUAGUUAAAUGAGAGUUAACUACAUCUGUUCUUGUACCUUUUUGGAACUACAGGUAGAACAUGUCUGAAAUCUCUUUGAAGUAAAAUUGCUUUUCCUCCAAAACAAAAUAUCACUUGACAUUAUAUCUUGUAAAGAUCGAUUUAAACAUUGGA